AAACGAGUGUUUGGAAAUAUGACUGGCGCCGGAAUGUCCGAUGACGAUGAGGACGACGAGAAUGAAGCUGUUGAAGUGAAUACAGACAGCGGAGAUGAAAAGGAGAAAUCGCUCCAUGACGAAGAGGAGAAGCUCGACUUAAGUAGUGGCGAUGACUUCUGA